AUGCGUUGCUCUGUCGUGGUCGGAUUUUGUUUGGUAGUGGCAGUUUCUGCCACCGUAGAGGUGUCUACUAACUACCACAUCGAUAUCGGUAUCCCGGAAGCGACCAGGAUAAAAGAAGCCGAGGAAAAGAUCUUGGCUAACCAAGACAAUGUAAACGAGAGGAUAGUUGGUGGUGUUGUAUCGCCUCCGAAUGCGUUUCCUUAUCUGGCUGGCUUGCUCGUCACCUUCUUCAAUAACCCGGGUACCUCCGCUUGUGGCUCAUCAUUGAUCAGCGCUGAUCGUCUAAUUACGGCCGCCCAUUGCUGGGACGUUCCUGGCUCUCUAUUCGUUAGACAAUUCGUCGUGGUACUGGGGUCUCAAUUUUUAUUCAGCGGAGGCACCAGAAUACCCACUUCAAACGUCGUGGUUCACCCCCAAUAUGAUCCAAAUUUUUAUACAAAUGAUAUAGCUAUUAUCUACUUACCGUAUCGUGUUUCAUUUUCCACCACAAUCCGACCAAUCGCUCUGCCCCACAACAAUUUAUGGGAUAGCUUCGUGGGUCAAGUCGCCACUGCCAUUGGCUAUGGCAAGACUAAUGAUGCUCAAACAGGAAUAUCCGUAAAUUCGGUGGUGAGUCACGUCUCCCUGCGAGUGAUCUCCGUUCAACAGUGCCGGGCCGUAUUCGGCUGGAACUUCGUGCAUGAAAGUACCCUCUGCACGGACGGUUUUGGCGGAAUUGGCAUCUGCGGUGGCGACUCUGGUGGACCUCUUGUUGUCAAUCGCAAUGGUCAGGAAGUCUUGGUGGGUGUCAGUUCAUUCGUCGCUAGAGCUGGCUGCCAGCUUGGUCAUCCAUCUGCGUUUGCUAGGAUCACUAGCUUUUACAAUUUUAUUCUGCAGCACAUGUAACUCGGAUUCUAUCUUUUGACUUUUAAUAAGUGUUUAAUAUUUUAUUUU